CACAGCUGGCACGACGCUGCGGUGCGUCGCUUCAGCGAGUUUACAAACGCGCAGCGAACUCUGGCAUCACAUGUUUAUGAUCAACACACACAAAAACCCCUGACGGCGUAGCGGAAAUGAGCCGGGCUUAGUCUGAGGCGGCGGACAUGGACGCGGCCGCUGCCUUGCUCUUCGCCGCCGUGACUCUGGCCUGUUUAUCAGUCAGUGGAAACUUGGUUUCAGGAGAGAGGUCUUUCUCUGUGGACUACAAGAACAACUGUUUCCUGAAAGAUGGGAAACCUUUUCAGUACAUCUCAGGGAGCAUCCACUACUCCAGGAUCCCACGGUUCUACUGGAAGGACCGGCUCGUGAAGAUGUACAUGGCUGGACUCAAUGCCAUCCAAGUAUAUGUGCCCUGGAACUUCCACGAAGCAGUACAGGACGUCCACAACUUCACAGGGGACAGGGAUUUGGAGUAUUUUCUGCAUCUGGCCAAUCAGACAGGCCUCCUGGUCAUCCUGCGUCCAGGGCCGUACAUCUGUGCAGAAUGGGAAAUGGGGGGGUUGCCAGCAUGGCUGCUUCAGAAGCCCAACAUCGUCCUGCGCUCUGCUGACACAGAUUACGUGCAGGCGGUCAGCAGCUGGCUGGCCCUUCUCCUUCCCAAGAUGAAGCCCUGGCUCUACGUCAACGGGGGCAACAUCAUCAGCGUGCAGGUGGAGAACGAAUACGGCAGUUACUUCGCCUGCGACUACAACUACAUGCGUCACCUGCGGACUCUGUUCCGCCUCUUCCUGGGCGAAGACGCGUUCCUGUUCACCACCGACGGGAACACCGAUAAAGAGAUGAUGUGCGGGACUCUGCAGGGAUUAUAUGCCACCAUAGACUUUGGCACGGACACCAAUGUUUCGGACGCCUUCAGGCGGCAGCGGAGGUUCGAGCCCCGGGGGCCUCUGGUGAACUCGGAGUUCUACACCGGGUGGCUGGACCACUGGGGAGAUCCGCACGCCGUGGUGGAGGGUCAGAAGGUCAGCAGAGUGCUGGAGGACAUGCUAACCAUGGGGGCCAACGUCAACAUGUACAUGUUUGAGGGCGGUACGAACUUCGGCUACUGGAACGGUGCCGAUCACGACAGCGCGUUCCGCUCGGUGGUGACUAGCUAUGAUUACGACGCCCCGCUGUCCGAGGCAGGAGACCCCACAGAGAAGCUGUUGGACAUCAGAGGAGUCAUUAAGCAGUUUAGAGAUGUUCCCUCCGGACCCAUGCCACCUGCAACGCCCAAGUUCGCUUAUGGCUUUGUGACGCUGAGAAAAGUUGGUAACAUCAGCAGCCUGUUAAACACCCUCUCACCUAUGGGGCCGAUCAAAUCUCAGUAUCCUCUGACGUUCGAGGAAGUGAAACAGUACUAUGGAUACAUGCUGUAUCGGACCACGCUGCCCCGGGACCUGUCGGAGGCCACGCCACUCAUCUCUCCCCUGAAUGGGGUUCAUGACCGUGCAUAUGUGUCCGUCGACGGGGUUUUCCGCGGUCUGCUGGAGAGAGACACGGCGCUGGUGAUGAACAUCACCGGGCGGCGGGGUGACGCCGUGGACAUCGUGGUCGAGAACAUGGGCAGGGUUAACUUUGGCAGCAAGAUCAAUGACUACAAGGGGCUGGUGAGCAGCCUAAUCCUGGGCAGAGACGUACUGACAGACUGGAAGAUCUUCCCUCUGGACAUUGAUGGAGUCAUCGCUGGUGGGUGGCCUCAGUCAGACUGUCAACAGUGCUUCCCCACCCAGACAGAACCCACAACUGGACCCACCUUCUACAUGGGGACAUUACAGCCCAAUGGCCUGGCCUGGGACACUUUUAUCAAGCUCAGUGAAUGGACAAAGGGUCAGGUUUGGAUUAAUGGUGUGAACCUGGGAAGAUACUGGCCGUCCAGGGGCCCACAGCAGACUCUUUAUGUCCCAGGACCCCUGCUGAGCGCCACCCAACCCAACAACAUCACAGUGCUGGAGCUGGAGGCGGCACCAGCUCACUUAAAGGUUCUCUUUAUGGACCGGCCGCAACUCAGUGGCACUGCUGGAAAGUCCUGACAGAGCACAGCUAAGUUUUUAAAGGACACAAAGAUUAUCAGAAAGAAACAGGCUUUCUGUGGUAUCAUUACUGGUAAUCACUUUAUAUUCUACUGAAGAGAAUGCACACUGCUUUAACUCAGCGGCUCCACAGUCCAAUGAUUUUAGUUUCACUCAUGUCUGUUAAAUAAAUGACAGUGAAAUAUAAA